AUGGCAGUACAAGUGUCCCACAUCUUUUUGUGGUUCUUACACAUGUUGAUUCUAUUUAAUGGCACAGCUAUGAAAGAACCAAAAGAGCCACAGGAUGUGAAAUUCACUUCCCAGAAUUUCCAAAAUGUAAUUCACUGGAAAACAAGCAAUGAAACAGAAAACUUCACUGCAUACUUUGUGCAACAUCGAUUAUAUGGAAAACCCUGGUCAAACAAAACAGAUUGUUGGGGCAUCAAGGAAACUUCCUGCGACCUCACACAAGAGACAAAUCCAUUUUUUGAAAAAUUUUUUGCAAGAGUGAGAGCUUAUUCAUUUAAUGAAUUCUCAAACUGGACAGAAAGUGAGGCAUUUUGUCCAAUGACAGACACUCUCAUUGGCCCUCCAGAGAUAGAGGUGAUUUCCUUUGAAACAUCAAUCCUUGUUAAGGUGAUUGCUCCCUGCACAAUGCUAAAAAAGCAGAAUGGCAGCCUGAAAUAGGUGGAAGACAUAUAUCACAAAGUGAAAUAUGAUAUAAAGGUGUCAGUCAAAGCACGGGAUCAGAUACAUUUGGAGAACCUGAGGACUUAUAUUUCUAACAACAAAACAUUUGAGAUCCAUCACUUAAGUCCUGG